GCGCAGUGGCGUGGCGGCGGCGGGCGGCCCCGCUGUUGUUAUUGUGGGGCUGGGCUGCGCCGCGCGAAGAUGGCGGCCGGGCAGGGGGGCGGCGGCGGCGGCAACGGCAACGGGAAUGGCAACGGCAACGGCCCGGGGGGGCUGGGGAUCCCCGCUCACCUCACGCUCUCCUUCUCGGCCGGGCCGCACUGGGGCGCGGCCACCCUGCCGCAGCCGCACACGGUGCGCAGCCUGGACCGGGCCCUGGAGGAGGCGGGCAGCUCGGGCAUCCUCUGCCUCAGCGGGAGGAAGCUCCGCGACUUCCCCGGCAGCGGCUACGACCUCAGCGACACCACGCAAGCAGAUCUUUCAAAGAAUAGAUUUACUGAAAUUCCUCCUGAUGUCUGGUUGUUUGCACCACUGGAAACUUUAAAUUUGUAUCAUAACUGCAUCAAAUCCAUUCCGGAAUCUAUAAAAAAUCUACAAAUGCUUACCUACCUUAACAUCAGUCGAAAUCUUUUAUCAACGUUGCCAAAAUACCUGUUUGAUCUUCCACUUAAAGUUCUGGUUGUCAGUAAUAAUAAGCUGGUCUCCAUUCCAGAAGAAAUAGGAAAGUUGAGAGAUCUAAUGGAGCUGGAUGUCAGCUGUAAUGAACUUCAGGUUCUUCCUCAGCAAAUAGGAAAACUGCAGUCACUCAGAGAAUUAAACAUAAGAAGAAAUAAUCUCCAUAUGUUGCCAGAUGAGUUAGGAGACCUUCCCUUGGUAAAGCUGGAUUUUUCUUGUAAUAAAAUCACAGAAAUUCCAAUUUGUUACAGAAAGUUACGUCACUUACAAGUAAUAGUUUUGGAUAACAAUCCAAUGCAGAUACCACCAGCACAGAUAUGCUUAAAGGGUAAAGUACAUAUAUUUAAAUUCCUCAGCAUUCAGGCAUGCCUCAGAAUAGAUAAAAAACCAGAUUCCUUGGAUCUUCCGUCGCUGGGUAAACGAAUCCCUUCCCAGCCACUCACAGACAGCAGCAUAGAGGACUUUUAUCCCAAUAAAAAUCAUGGACCAGACUCUGGCAUUGGAAGUGAUAAUGGGGACAAAAGAUUGUCCACAACAGAACCAUCCGAUGAUGAUACAAUCAGCCUUCACUCCCAGGUAUCGGAAUCAACAAGAGAACAGACGUUGAGGAAUGACAAUCAUGUAAUGGGAAGUAAACUUGAUCCUCAGAAAGACCAGGAGGUGUAUGAUUACAUUGAUCCAAAUGCAGAAGAGGGAGCUGUUCCUGAGCAAGGAGAUGUGCAGAUCGGACCAUUGCUGUCCUAUAUCAAGGAACGGGGAAAACAUCCUGAGAAAUCCCAAAAGAUAGAACAGAAUGAGGACUGGGGAGAUGAAAAACGACUUCAGAAGGAACAGCCGCUGGCUGAAGAAGAUGAUGAAAUCAAGGAAGUGACUGACUUGAGAAAAAUAGCAGCUCAGUUACUGCAGCAAGAACAAAAACACAGACGAAGGCCAUUAAGCUAUAGAACUUCAUUCAGUGAAAAACUCUUCCAGAGGACAAGGGCAGCAGGACGUGCAUCAAGGCUUCUUAAUCAUUCAGCUUCAGUAAGCGCAAGGAACAGGCCAAAGCAGCCAAUGGAAUCUGAAAAAUGUGUCUCAACAGAUGAAGUCAAUUCUCCAGUGUCUCCAUACAGCUGGCAGCCACUGGAAAAUCAGAAGGAUUCAAUGGAUGAGCAGCAUUGGCCAGAAAUACAGCCAGUGAUUUGGCAGAAUGAAGAAAGGAGGAGAAGUAAACAAAUUAGAAAAGAGUAUUUCAAGUAUAAGUCUUCCAGAAAGAGUUCAAGUGGAAAUGAAAAUGAUGAGCAAGACAGUGAUAAUACUAAUGUGUCCCCACAGUCUCCUGUGUCGUCUGAGGAUUAUGAAAGGACAGAUAGUAACACUCAUGGACCAUUUGGUCUCAGACCAAGGUCAGCUUUCAGCCGUGCAUCUCGCCAAGACUAUGGGGCAAUGGAUCCUGGAUUUACAAUGAGAAGGAAAAUGGAGCAUUUAAGGGAAGAAAGGGAACAAAUAAGACAACUUCGCAAUAAUCUUGAGUCAAGGUUAAAAGUAAUUUUGCCAGAUGAUAUUGGAGCAGCAUUGAUGGAUGGAGUAGUUCUUUGCCAUUUAGCCAAUCACAUAAGACCACGCUCUGUUGCCAGCAUUCAUGUACCAUCGCCAGCAGUGCCUAAACUCAGUAUGGCAAAGUGCCGAAGAAAUGUUGAAAACUUUCUUGAUGCUUGUAAAAAAUUGGGUGUUCCACAGGAAAGACUUUGCUUGCCUCAUCACAUUCUGGAGGAAAGAGGCCUUGUAAAAGUUGGCCUCACAGUUCAAGCUCUGCUUGAAUUGCCUACACUGAAAGUAUCUCAGCUUUCCUCCAUGUAACAUGACUUCUUGGAAGCCAGGCAGCUUGCCAUUUGAUCUGUUGGAUUGCUCUGGAACUGUUCAGCUUCCUACAUGGGAACAUCCAAGCCAUCAAAAACUAAUAUCUGUCCAGAUGCUGUAGAGCGCCUUACUCUGAAGUUGGACAUGAAAACCUUGGAGUCAGCUGACAUUGAAAGACCAUAAUGAUUUUUUGUCUUUUGGAUGCACAAAGAGAUUUUGGUAGCAUCAGGUUCUCUUUCCAGUUCAUUUAAGUUAAAACUUGCCAUUUAUCAUCUCAGAGUGUUACAGUUAAAUGCUGGAUUUCGUUUUCUACAUGGAAAAUGUUGUUUGAAUUAGUUUAGAAGUACAAAACCUAAUCCCCCCUUGCUUGAAUGAUUAAAGUCAAUCAUUUGAUUCAAAGGUAAAACAAAAAUGUAGCGAUGGUAUGAUGGUAAAAAUACAGUGACUGAUAAUUGUAAUCCACUUUCAUUCUUUCAGAAAGCUUUAUGUGUGUUCUUUAUUUUUUUUUUGCACUCCUGAUUGUAACUUAACGCACUUCCAACAUUGCCAGUAUUUAGUCUGAGUGUAUGGUGAUUACACAAAACAGUAUACAAUGGGAAAAAGGACACAUUGAUUUUUUUUUUCCAGUCUUCUAGGUUGGUGCCAAAUAUUUUUUUCAGUUGUACUGUAGAUUGUUUACAUGUGAAGUGCCUGUGUAAUUGAUAACUCUUAAUAGUCUUAAACAUUUUUGAAAUUUGUUUUAAAAUAGAUAAAAUGGGAAUUUUUAAAUAUUUUAAUAGUUUUUUGUAAAAUCAAUACGUGAAGAUUUAAGUAAUACUUCACAUUUUUGAUGUUGGGUGUUUUAAGUUUGUUGCACAAUUGAUAAUUCUGUUGUCUAAUAAUUAGAAAAUACUGUAAAUACACUUUAUUUAUGAUAUUUAAUUUGAUAAUACCUAAUCAUUUUUUGGUUUAAUGUAUUGUUGGAUAAACAAAACUGUCUACUUUUCUUUGUUUGAGGCAAACAAAUAUACAUGGUGAGUAAGAUGUGAGGACUAGUAAUACAGAAUAAUUUAGGACAUUUUGAUAAAACUGCCCAAAUCUCAGGUUUAUGCUGUGACUUUCAGGAUUUUAUGUAAUAUUGCUCCUGAUUUCACUUUACAUUUUUACAACAGGUAUAUCCAUAAUUUAGUUGAGAAAUCAGUGUUUAUCUUCAUAGUGUUUACAGGAUUUAUUGUGUAAUUUACGGAAUUGUGUGCCAUAACACACAGAUUAGUUUGUACGAAUGUCACUGUGCUGAAACAUUACUUUUCUGGGCAAAUUUAAAAAAGAAAUUCCCACUGUGGUGUUCUUUUUGAAACUUUUGAGUUUAUGUAUUUGCUUACUUCUACAGAGAUUCUUGGUGUUUUGAGAACAUUCUGAACCAACGCACAGUUGAGUUCCUUUCCAAACAAGCUGCAAAUAAUUUCAGUAGUAAAACUAUAGUAAAACAGUAGUAAAACUGUUUGAAUUAGUUUGUUCUUCAUGAAUGGGUAGCUCAAUUAAAAAAAAAAAAAAGUUUUGACUGUCACAGAUUUCCUAUUUUAGGCUAAGUUAAUUUUAAUGAAGGUGUAUAUUUGCCUAGUGUGUAACAGGAUUUGAUUCUGUUCUUUCCAAUUCGUCAAGAAGCCAUUUAAGGUGUCACAGCUCAUUGAGAAGCCUUAAAACUGUGUUUAAAGGGUGUAAAACUUAAUUUGCAAAGUCCUAGAUCUAAAUCUUCGUUUUUUUAAAUAAAAUAUGUAUGCUCUAGGGAACCUGCUUUGGCAGGGGGGUUGGACCCGAUAACCUCUUGAGGUCCCUUCCAACCCCUACAAUUCUGUGAUUCUGUGUGAUUCGGUAAUCUAUAUUGCUUUGACCUUUGAAACAUGGUAUUUACUGUAUCUCUAAUUGGGUUUUAAAUCAUUCACAUAAUACUUACUUUAAAAAUUUAAAUUAGUUUUACAAACGGCAAUAUCUGAAGUCAUGCUAAGACUAAAACGAAAAAGUAAUAUAUUAAGCAGGCUUCUUGUUACUGUGUGCUACAUUUGAAGAACGCUUUCAAAAGGAGUAUUUCAUUGUCUUUCAAUUCCUUGCUAUAUGGUAUUUGAUGGCAAUGACAGUGAUGAAGUUCUGCUUCAGUAUGCUAGCCAUAGAAUUGAUACCUGUAAAUUGCCACUUUAAAUUAUCUAACGUAAACCAAUCUACACUACUAUUUAAUUGCCAUUUAAAUGUUAUCUUAAAGUAACGCUCUUAUCCAAACAGAAAUAAAUUUAUGAAGUUAUCGUAUCACAGUGUAAACAUUUAAGAAUUCCCUUGAUGUAGCAUGCCCGAUCAGUUAUUUAAUCUUAUCAUAUUAUUUCCUAGGUAACAUGAGAACUGGACUUGGAACUAAUGUACUCACUUUGAAUUGUACCUCUGAAAUUGAAAACUAUGGAAAUAGCAUUUUUUUUUUUUUUAACUACUCUAGAAUUCUUCCCCACAGGUUUACUAGGACCAGUCUGGCUUUGCUGCUCUUUGGAAAUUAUUAUGGCCUUCUUAAUGCUUAUGGGAAAGGAUAUUCAUGGUACUUAGAGGAUUCCCUUCUUAGUAUUGCAAAGGUUAAGGCCUUCCAGUAUCCUUAGGAAUAGUCUGAGAAAAGGUCUGCUGUGCCUGGAUGAAUCUUCUCUCAUCUUUCUUUAGGUGCUUCUACAAAUAAUUCUCUAAAGUAAUGAUAUAAUUAGCUUUGUGAUUUUUAGAAGCAACUGCAGAAGUGAUGCUAAAAAAAAUAAUUUGAAGGUAAAAUUUUAAUUUUAAAGAAGCGUAUGGGAAUUGUUGCUGUCCUCCCUGUACAAGAAGUUACCUACUAUCUUCUCACUUUUUGACUCCUAGCAUCUUAUUUUUUGUUUUGUGUACUGAUUUAGUGACUUCAUGUUAUUCAUUACUGCAUGUGACCUCAUCCUCCCUCUUUACUUUUUUAAAGUGACUUUUUAACUCUCUUUAGUAAUUCUAGAGUCCCUGCUCCAACAAUUAGCACAUAAGAGAUAUUCUGUCCCUAUUUAAGAGAUAUUCUGUUCCUAUUUUGUUGAGGAUGCAAUGUCAUUACUUAAUGUUUGAUGCAGCUAAUGGGUUGUUAAAAUCAGAGGCCUAAUUCUUAUCAUAGUCCCUCAUUUUUUUUCUUUUGAUGUGAAGAAAAGAUAACAUGAAAAGCUUCAGGAAACUCUAUUAAGUUUCCUAAAUAAGUCUCCUAAUAAAUUUAAGUUAACUAGGGUGCUUUUGUUAUUGUGGAUGCUAUACAAAGUUACUGCAAUAAUGUGAUAUGAACUGUAAAUUACUGACAGGGUUUCUGCCCUUGUGUAUUUUUUCUAUUUUCUAUCUUAAUGGAUGCAGCAUCUCGCACAUGAAUGAUCUUUUUUUAAGCAAUAAUGUCUCAGAUAUUGUGAGAUCUUAGAGCAGUGGCACUGAAAUAAUUAAAGUGUGGUGACUUCAGACACAGUAUCUCAGAAAUGCUUCCCAUCUAUUCUAUAACACUGCCAGUCCAGUGUGCUAGUUUGAGUAUCGCUGGAGCCCCAGAAACCUGUCUACACACAUGUAUCUGAUGGCCUUCCAUAACACAACCAAAAAUUAACAUUAUCAUAAAAUAGAGGAGCACAUUUGAAACUAUAAAUAACUGACAUGAAUCGUAGGAAUUUCUAGGUAAAAUCCUAGCUAUAAUGGAGUCAGCGUGAAUUUUGCCCUUGACUUCAGUAAAAGAUUUUACUGUUAGAUUAUGGAACACCUGAGGUAGAGGCAGUGGUGAAACAUGACUUAAACUUGUUUGAAGUGAGCAAAGCUUUAGUGUCAAUUUCUUGACAAAAAAUAGUGAUCUCUGGUUAGCAACGGGAAGCUGCUAAUAUUACACAUUGAUUUAUAUAUUUAAUACAAAUAUUCUGAUGUGCCAUACAGUAUUAAGAUGGUAGGAAAAAUAACUCUUAAGCACUGCUUUCAUACUCUGGAAUGUAUGUCACCUCAAAAAGUUACACGUACCAUCAGUUACUUUACUGUGCUAAAACCUUUCUUUAAAAUAUUUGAUAAUUUAACGACACUCUUCUCAGAUAUAAAUCUGGCCAAAUUAAAAAAUUAAAAAAUAAAUUGAAAAGAUACCUAUUAUCCCUGAAAGCAAAUUCCCAUGUAUCCUCAGUAUUGAGGAGAAGGACAAGUUUGCUAAUUUAGUUUCCUGCUAAUUUUAAAAAUUUUAGUACAAAAGGUAACUCUUGUAUGUAAUGCAGCAGUCUCUGUCUCUGGAUAGGUCUGUAUACCAAUGCAGAAGGCAGGUACUUUAAUAAUGUACCAAAAUAUUAGUCAAGUAGUAAGCAAAACCUUAUUCAAUGUUAAAUCAAUAUAUAUAUAUAUAUCCUGAUUGAUUUAUAUAUAUCCAUAUAUAUAUUAGUGUCAGGAUAGUGGAUUUCAAUGGAAUGCAAAGUAAGCGUGAGUUUUUGAAGGGGUUUUUGCACUUUCUGUGGAUUGGAAAUGAUUUUGUACCGGUAAACAAAAUUUCUCUUUUUUUCCUCACAAAGUCAGGCUAAUGUCUGUGUUUCUUUUGAGAAGUACAUCAUAUUAAACAGUGACCCUUACAACAUAAGAGCUGAUGAAAUAUUUCCAGCUUACAGUUAACACUUUUAAAUUAUUUUUAAGGAGAAAAUGCCAGUAUGGCCAGGAAUUGGAAACAAUAUAGUUGUCCAAGGAGAGGUUACUCUGAGUUGCAACAUGAUUGCAAUAUGUUAAAUUGCUUCAGAAGAAAAAGGUUUUUUUGGAAAGAAUUAGUGGAGGAAGAAAUGUUUUUGAAACUACUUCGUGUUGAGGGACACUGGGGUCUGACCAGUUCCUGGUCCAUCUUUAACUUGGACCUUUCUGUAGAGGUUACAGUAAUGAGAAGAUUGGCAUCUUUGUUUUCCCAGAAAGAUUGUUUGAUUUUGGAUAACUAUGCCAGUUCUGCAGGAUUCAUUGUGUUAAUUGUGCAGAGAGCACUAUCCAUCCCCAAGCACAGGGCAGGGCACCUCGCUGAUGCCACGUGCCUUCCCUCUGGCCUUCUAAUCAGCCGAGGAGCUACAGCGGGCAUGUAUGUCAAGGCUUGUCUGGGUGAUGCACCUUCUGAAGGCAUCAUCUCCUUGCUUUGUGCUGCUGCCUCCUUCCCCACUAGCUGACAUUCUUUUAAAUAGAUGGUUGCAAUCUGAAAAAAAAAAAAUAUAUAAGGAAAGUGAUAAUAUCUAAGAGUAGUAGAAAAAUAGAUGUUUGAUAAUAUUUACCUUCUACCAGUAAAGAUAUGUGAGAUGGAGAAUGCUUGUUCUAGAAGCCAGACAACUACACUUGCUGAAAACUGCACCAUGACUCUAGCAGGUUAGGGUCACUUGUCCUCUUGAAUUAAUAAAAAUGAUACAGUUUCCUCUUCAACAUGCAGAACAUGCUCUGGGAUAUAUGUAAUUUAAACAUGAGGGAAAGGCCAACUUUUUAAUCAGUGAUUUUGUCAGAUCUUUUCAGUUACCUAAUAUGAAAGCAAAAAAUUAUCUUUCUAUCAAGAAAGCACCUUCUGCUGAUCUUGUUUGUUAAAACAGAAUGUGAUGAGCUGAAUUCCAGUUUAAUCUUGCCACUACAGGAGCUCCUGGCUCUGGCUCCCUUCUUUUUUACACAAUAAACUGCUGCUUUGCUUUAUUUGUCUUCACGUAUUUCACAUCCUACAAUCCUGACAUUAUAUACAGUAAAACUGUAGUUUUAUGCUGUAUUUGUUCCAUUGCUGUUUUUGACUUUUCCAAUAUGGCAAGCAAAGGGGAUUGCUAUAAACUACAUUAUGAAUUUCUCUGGAAGGAAUAGAAGUUAUUGUAAAAAUGACAUCAGGCAUUUCAUAGCCAACUACAGUUUUUAAGGACUUAAAAUUUUUUUUCCUCAUGCAUACACAUUUUAGAAUCCUGAUCUUGAAACAGAAAAAACAGCUUCAGUAGGUCUUUACACAACGUGCUUAGUCCCUUACCGAACAUUGACGGAAAAGAAUGGCUUGAACUGUGACAGCAUAUUAAAUUGUUUUGGGAGACUUUCAGUUGAUUUCAGUGAGAUCAGAGCUUCCCUCAAUAGUUUUGUAAGUGAGUUAAAACAUGAAGUCAGUAAUUUAAAAUGAAUUUGAGGCAUUAACAAGGAUUUCCUCACUUCAUUCAAAAUUGUGUGAAAUAAGGCAAACAUGAUGCUUAUUUCCCAGUUCUAAGGGCAGAUUGUGAAAUAGCUACAAUUUGGAAAUAACCACAAUGAUACUUUUUCUUUUGUUUUUAAAUACAAGUGAACUGAUGAAAUCUUUCCAGAAUUGCUGUAUUUAUUUAGAUUUAGUUGUGCCAUUCCUGGCAUGAGAACUCCCACUGUUCAGUAUUCAAACCCUUUCUAGAGCAUGUGCAAAACUAUGCUUUUUAAAUGAAAAUGUUAACACAUUUGAGUUUACUGAGUUGAUGCGAUUUGGUAAGCAUUGCUGCGACUCUGGGAUUUCCUAGUUGCAACAAUUAAUGUCUGUUGUACCAGCAGGUAAUUUUUUGAUGCUUGUGAGGGGCUUGUGGAGUCAUUGCAAAAGGGUUGGUUAGUGGAUUAUGUUGGAAAUGUGAAUACUCUUUUACUAUUGUGUAAUGCGUAGAACAGGGAAAAUGUGAUCGCUUUAUAGUUAUCACUUGGUAUUCAGUUAUUUUGUUUUAUAAUUUGUGGUUAUAAAACUCAUAAAAUACAACAUAGCCAAAUGAUCGAUAUAUAAAUGUGUGCAGAACAUGACAGAAGUAGUUCUGAGGCACAGUUGGAGAGAAUCAUUUAAAAAUAGAUGCUUAAAUUGUGUAUAUACUUGUAACAUCUAUUUGAUAGCGCAAUUCAUUUUGCAUUUCAUGUUCUUGUAAAGUGCAUUUUCCACACUUCUGAAGUUUGUCUACCUGUACAAUACUGUAUUAAGUCUUUUUUUCAGGACUUCCAUUAUUGCUGGAGCUUCCAACAUGUAUAUGUUUUUUUCUUUUUUUUUCUUUUUGAAAAAAUGUUCCUACUGUUAUUUUUUGUAAAUAGUUUUUGUAUUAAAUUUGCAUGGAUAAAACCCACAUUUCCAAAACCAGUGUACAUACUAUGUGUAUAAAAUACAAACUGUUUCAUAACUCAUGUAGUCAAUUUAUUCAAUUUGAUUUCACCUCAGUUUUUACAUAUACUUCAGUUGGUACAUAUUCAUGGUAGAUAAUGAGAAUUUGUAUGUCCUUUCAAAUGUAUAUUGCCAUUUUGAUAUGCAAUUAGGCAAGUCACUUAUCUCUCUAAAGAAAUGUUGACUCCUAUGCCAUGGAAAUAGAUGAUACUUCUACAUGUGAAGUAUGUUAGAUUUUUUGGUUGAACAACAGAAAAAUCAAUGGUGAGAAUAAGCAACGACAAAGACACGUUCACUUGUAUCAGCGUAUUUAUUCAUUUGCAAGCUUUUGCUGUCUUACACAACAUGAAAGCUACCUGGUGUCUUCUUAUAGCACAUACGUUUGGCACAACAUAGGGUUUUUAAAGUAGGAUCUGCUUUCCUUCCACACCCUGGGCUGGAGGUAGUAUAAUACAGACUACCUUUUGCUUGGUUUGCAGUCAUUAAUACCAGCGCUAGAGAAACAGAACUGCCAGGUUUUGCCAGUAGCUAGAGUUACUUUAUGUAGGUUGAAAUAUACCAUUUAACAAAACUGAUUGUUACUUUCAAUUUCUUAGUGAAAUUCUUCAAAUAUUUAAACAAUGUCGAUCUGAAUUUAGGUAGUGAAAGAUCUUUGAGAGAUGUGUUUCCCCUGUGAGACUUUUUGUUCUCUACCUGCACCACCCACUUGUUCUUCAUUUGUUGAUGAAGCACAAUUUGGGACUUUUAAAAGCAGAAAUUGAGCAACAGCAUUACUAGAAGUGAGCAUCCCUCAACAAAUGCAUCUGGACAGUUGGACCUUUUUUUUUUUUUUUCCCAGUUAGCGCUGAACUGUUUGUGAGGGUUUGUUCCAAGUCUGUUCAGUUUCCAGCUCUAAAGAAAGCUUUACUCUUACAAAAAGACUUUCUGAGUCUACAAGAGGAAUGACUGCAUGUGCCUCUGUUUCAGGCUGAAACAAUGAACCAAGUCCGUCCUUCCUCAUCUGCAUGAGGAAAGUCACUGUUGAAGAAGGGAAGUGUAAGCAAAAUAAAAAAAAAAAUAAAGGCAAUUUCCACAAGACUUCUUGAGAGGAAUUGUGAAUUCAUGAAGUUUUUCAGUUUAAUAAAUUUGAAUUUAUUAGAUUUGAUCAGGGUGCCACAAACAAGUAAGUUGCUUCAUAAUUUGGUUAUUAGCUGCCUUGGUAAAGGUGUCUGCUGCUGGCAGACUGCAUACAUUCAAGCUGUGUUUGAGAACUAGUAAAUAAGUACAUUUUACAGAAUGCAGUGCUUUCACCCCUCAGUGAUUCUCCAGAUUCUCCAGGUAGUUGCUCUUGGUUUCUUACAGGCUCUCCUGACUGCACUUUCCUUUCACACAUGGCCACACUCCACUUCUGUUUCCUAAAGCAAAAUGCAAAACAACUUAUCUUUUCACAGUUGAAAUCUGUGUUUCCUACCGUAAACUAUCAGAUACCUGCAAUGUACUCAUGGCAUUCUUGUUCAUACACCUUUUUUUUCCAAUUUCUAGAGCUGCUCUUACGCAUUGUUUAAGGCUCAUUGUUACGGCUGUAGCCUUUUAACUUUUCUGUCUGAUUAAGGUAGGUCUACACUGGUGAUGGAUGUAAUUACAGUGCUCCAGGACAGCAUUGCUAUGCUGGUACUCCUAGACUGCGGAAGCUACUUGAGGGCUUAAAAUAAAUAAAUCAACUCCUCAUCCCUGGGUUUACAGAAGUUUACUGUUUCUAAGACUGUAUUCAAACACGUUAAUCAGUUACUCUGACUACAAACAUCGUUCAAAUGGCUGUAUUCUUUCCAAGAAUAUUUUUCAAAAGUAUAAAGUUUAAUGUUGCAAUGACUUUAGCACAUUAAACCAAUUUGCAAAAUGUGUAUAUAAUUGUUUGUCUUUUUAAUUAGUUAUGCCUCAUUAGUAAUGGGAUCUCAUACUUAAUAAUGUUCUAAUUAUAUAGCCAAAGAGUAGAUUAUAAUACAACCAGCUGGUUUUCAGUUAUAACACAUUGCCUUCAGAACUGAGGGAUGCAUAACUCAGUGCAAUAGCUUACAGCUAACGGUAAGAAGAAUUAAACUUUUCCGAAAUCCACAAGUGAUUGUUAAAGGUUUGACUUUGUAUCAUCUUACCAUAGCUUUCAUAACAGUGGAGGAAAUGGAACAACUAGAUUGUGUACAACUGUAGCUUUUUUUUUUUGCUAAUAUUUGAAUAUGACAAACUUAUUCUAAUAUUUGUAUUUUUCAGCAACUUAAUAAACAUCUUCCUAGAGUAUCAUAA